CAGACCGGAAGUGGUCCUGCGGUGGGAGAAAGAGGAGCCUCGCCGAGCGGCCGUGUCAGAAAAGAAAAAGGAAAAAAGGGACGGGUAGGCCGUGACAAACCAUGAUAUCAAAACAAUUUAUAUUCGUUGCCAGGUGCCACCAGACCUUUUAAUAUCGUGCGAUUGACCUAAUAGAAGAUUACAAUGAAUUGAAGCUCAAAUUGAAGAUUGAAAGGAACCAGAGCCAGAUUAAAAUUUGGGAAGCCGAUUUCCGUCGACAUCCAUAAAUAUGGUGAUUAAUCUCUGCCUUCCACAGUUCAAGCCAAGAAUUCACUGCAACAAGAUUUCCGCCGACGGCUACGAAGUGGAAAACCUCGUCUCCGAAGACCCCGUCAAGAGGCACCGCGGCUUCCGCUGCGAAUACUUCAUCAAGCCGCCGGUACACGUGACGAUUUCCUUCCCCUUCAACGUGGAAAUCUGCCGGAUUAAUAUCGAUACUUCUUCCGGGUCUUGCCACAACAUCACCGGCUUGGAUAUUUUUACCGCUACCUCAUCCAAUAAAGCCUGUUGGAACAGCCCCGAGCCUCUCUUCUCCGCUCCGUCCAACCAGCAUUCCGCGUUGGACAAAGAGACCUUCACGUUGGUGGGCAAAGCUGUCUUAAAGAAUCAAAGCAAAGUGACCUUCGGCCAUCGUGGCUUCCGGCCGAGACCUCCCUUUCAUCACCAAAUAGACCCUCUCCUCUCCUUUUCCGGCUCCGCCUCUUUGGACUUAUGGAAUAAAGGCCCGACUUCCUUAAACAGCGUCUCGCACCUGAAAAUCUGCAUCACUCACGUGGCCGGCAGCGGCCUGCCUUCUAUCAAGAGAGUCGAGGUCUGGGGCCAACCAGCCAAGUCCUGCUCUCACGAAGUGGUGGAUGAUGUCCUCCAGGUCGCCACCAAGUCUUUGUUGGACGCCUCGGAAAGUCAACUGCCCGCCCUUCCUCUGCCGAUGGAGAGCGACGUCAUGCCCUUCGGACACUCCGACAACCAGGAACGGAAGCUGGUUGAGGCUCUCCAGGACAUCCCGGAAGAAUUCCUGGAUCCCAUCACCCUGGAGAUUAUGACUCUGCCCAUGUUGCUGCCUUCCGGGAAAGUGAUCGACCAAGGAACCCUGGAGAAGUGCAACCGCAGCGAGGCGACUUGGGGCCGGGUGCCCAGCGAUCCUUUCACGGGGGUGGCGUUCAGCCCGCAUUCGCAACCCCUUCCCCACCCGUCCCUCAAGGCGAGAAUCGACCACUUCCUCCUCCAGCAUAACAUCCCCGGCGUGAAUCUGCUGGGCAGGAGCCGGGCCUCAGGGACGGUCGUCGCUUCGUCGCUCGCCAUGUCUUCGCUCAAACGGAAAAUCGACUUGGUGGAUCAAAACCAGGAGGGCGGCUCGGAGUCCGGCCACUUUCCGAGUGUAGACUUUGCCGUGGCAUCUAGCUUGGGGUUCCACGCGAAGAGGGUGAAAAUGGAGUGGGAUUUGAAUUCGUCUCAGAUGGAUUGCUCCACAGAAGCGUCGACCCAUGAACAGAGGCUGUCCGAAAGCUUGGACAGUGCCUUGAACUCCGCACUUAGCACGAUGCCGUUCGCCGCGAGUUUGGCUAAAGGCAGCCAACACGGGCACAGCAGCAGCAGCAGCAGCAGCUCCAGUGAUUUCUGUGGGGCAGGCGGUGCUCACGAGCACAACAGGAUCAUCGGCCCCCAAGGAUGUUCUACCUGUUCCCGAGCCUUUUCUUCCUACUUCAAAACCGAGGCCGUGUACCAGCUCCCGUGCCGGCAUCUGGUGUGCCGCGCAUGCUUGGCUGACCAGCAGAAAUCCCUCUCCAUCCUCUGUAUGAAUUGCAAAAGGUUGUUUGCCACCCACGACAUUUCGAGGGUCCAUUUUUGAGAGGGAGAACGGGGGAACGCGCUCUUUGGGGAGUUGGGAGAUGUAGCCCCCGGGCAGACUUCAUCGCAGUAGCCAAGAGGCAGGACUGGUUCCUCUCCCCCCUUCCCCCCCCCCACUGCCACCGCUGAGUCGCACAACGACAACAACCCUACACACGCUGUACUAAGAUACAAAGGAACUGAUGUGGUCGUACCAGCUUAGAAGGACAGUAGCGCUUUAGAGCUGGAGGAAUCAAAAGGAUAAUAAAGCCAUAUGCUUCUCUA